UUUACCUUUUGUAGCGUUUUCUAUUGUAAAAGAUUGAAAGGAAGUCAACAGGAAAGGGCUGUGUUUUCCUUUAUUCUUGAUUAGCAUGAAUACAGAAUCCCAGAGGGGGCGGUACUGCUGUCGCUUCUUAAUUUCCCUGGUCUGCCAGAGCAUCUGUACUACUUGAGAGAGGCAGAAGAGGCCAGCUGUUAAGUAUGGGGGCAGUAAAGAUACUCCGUUUGCCCAAGGAUUAAUCUUUUCUGAUAAAGAAAUGGAGAGAGGGAAGAUCUUCUAAUGCAGGUGGAAAGCAGAGCUCUCUUCUCCCUUCCUACGGUGAGUGUCCUUCUACCAGUGCUGGUAGUGGGAUGAAGUGCAGAUGGGCAUUUCAGUAAGAUGCGGUGGAACAAAAAGAAGCAGUGUGAGCUAGCACAGAGCAAACAAAGGGCAAUAACUACAUUUGGCUAUUAUGAAUGUGUCCACGACUGAAACUCAAGCAAACAAAUCAGAUUUAAUACAAACGCUAGUAGUUGUAAAAGGAGGCCUUUAUUUGGCUAACUUCAUUUUCAUAACUGCGUUGACUAUAUUAAUAAUCAAGACUGUGAGACAGAACUCUAAAAUGGUGAAGGAAGUGAGAUACUUCCUCCUGUGCCAUCAUCUUCUCUGUUGCUCUUUAUACUGUUGCUCUGGCAUGGUGUCCAACGCGAUACAAAAAUUUAAAGUACAACGAUUCUGGAUCUGGAUCACCUUUGGAGUACAAACAGCAAUUGCAGAAACGGUGCUGGGAACGCUGGCUUUGAUGGCAAUUAACACUUGCUUAGCAGUUUGCUGGCCUUUGAGAUACCUGGCCUUUGUACACUUGGUGAAACGCAAAGCUAUAGCUUGUGUUUGGAUCGGAGCAAUCCUCAAAUCUGCGUGCUUGAUCAUUGUGGAACGUUCAGAAGGAGAUCCGUGGAACAUAUAUGAAGCAGAGCUCUCUUGCCCAAGUAUCCUGGGUGGUGUUUUUGCCAAAAUAACCGGAAUGCUUCUCAUUUUGCUUCUUGCAGCCGUCAUGGUAACUGGUUAUUUUCUCCUAUGGAGAGAAGGAAAGCUCAGCGGUCAUUUUAGCUGUUCAAAUAAGAAGGCCAGAAAAACAGUCAUUAUUCAUGGUGUACAAAUGAGCUUACAUAUUCUUCCACUCUUAAUCUUCACAGCCAUCGGGAAAGGAUCAGAACAUGUUCAGAUAAAAUUUGGAGCUUUUGUUGUUUUCUUAUUUGCACAAAGCUUCAGCCCUGUGGUUUAUGGGCUGCGGAACAAAGAACUUCUGGACAAGAUAUGUAUCAGACGAGAAAGAAAUCAAUACAGUAACUACUUGGUAAAGUACAAUAACUACCCACCGCAACUUCAGGUGGUAGAAGGUUCAGCAAAUGGAUGGACCACUUCUCGGUGUAGUGCAGAAACACUUUCAAGUCACCAUUAGCCUUCUUUAAACCAUAUCACACAACAAGGAAUAAUUCAACUCACACAACUGAAUAUACCAACCUAUUAUUUUCAAAACCAGAUUUUCAGCCCCAAAGCUAGAAGCCUUGAGCGCUCUAUUUUUGCUUUAAAGUUUAAAUGGCAACUAGUGGAAAAGACACAGCACAAGAAGCAAAGGAAACCAUGGAAAAGAGAGAAGGUAAGGCACUGCCAGACAG